CGUGUUGAGCUUUCAGAGGCCCAUAAACACGGUUUCUCUCGAGCGAGGCAAAGAUGUUUAGAAUUCCACUAUCUCUCCCUACUCUGGUAGGAAUUAUAUUAAGUGUUAUUUUGUUUAAAUCUGAAGCAAGCUCUGGAGUACUGACAUGCACGAGCCCCUGUCAACAAGCGGAUGCAACUGGAGCUCCAGGUAUAUCUUUACCACCAUGCGUUAUAAGUACCACAAGUAGUUGUGAAACCGAUGGCACUGUACCUGUCAAUCAGGCACCUGGUCCUCCCCUCCAGGUUGGCUUAGACUCCUAUUCCUCCUCCUACAUAGCAACAGAUGGGAAGAUUUAUCUUGAUCUGGUCCCUCGCUGGAAGGCUUCGACAGAUCGCAUCAACUAUUUGACUGGAUAUGAAGUUAAAGUCAUGUGUCACCAAAGUAUUUGUGCAACGCAAUACUUCUGUGUCACAAUAUUAUUCAACAGAACAUUGACGGUUAGUGAUGCUCAGUCCAAUUUCUCAGUGACAUGCCAGUAUGGGGAUUUUGCACAGCCUGACAUGGAUUACAUCACCAUUAUCCGCAGCCUACCAAACAAUGAUGAUAAUUCAAAUGAAGGAAGAUUUCUUACAAAACUCCCAAGUUGUGGACAGGAAUCAAAUUUAACUGUAUGCAACAUUGAAUCACCUGACAAUUGGAGACCAUAUUCUCGGCCAACCCUUACUCAAAUUGCCAAUGGUUCCGUGCAGGUGACUUUUUGGCCUAGCGAUAAAUAUACAGUCUAUGAAGUCUUGCUUCAGAAACAAGAAGGCAACUACGAGCACUAUCAGGUGACCUACAGGUUCAAUCCCAUGCUGAAUUUGGAAAAUGCACCUCCUAUUGUGCUCUUCAACAACGUGCAAGAGGGAACUUAUAGAGCACAUGUAUGGAUUAGUGAAACACAGUGUGAUGGAUGUAUCCCUUUAUGGAUUGACUCCGAUAAUGAAAUCGCUGUUAAAGCUAUGCCUACCCCUGCCUCAUCUACGACCCAUCCUUCAUCAUUGACGACCCCCUCUGACACAACCACAUCCCCUACAGCCACGCCUACACCCUCUUCACAUCUACGUACCUCAGUCACCCCGGAAGCCAGUCUUCCAUUGGCAACACUCUCUGGAGCUCUGGGUGGAGUCCUAGGCCUAUUGCUGAUGGUCCUGAUCUUGUUUUUUAUCUUCCGUUCCUACAUGAGGAGCCGCGCCCACUCGCCUGGUCCCCCCAAGGAGACGAGGCAUGGAGGUGACCCGACACAAUCAUCCAUGUCUCAUCACAAGAACAUUCCUUAUAAUGACUGUGAUUCUCUGAAUGGCACCCAGUACAUCAAUCACUUCACUCUGUCGAAUGGAACCACCAUCUACUCAGACGACCCCACCUGCAGAUUCACCAAUCCCUCCAUGGUACCAGCAACUAUUCACCAUGACAAUAUGAUCAAUGGAAGACUGAAUUUGCAGGAGAGUCAGUUUUAUGCCGAUUCUAUGCCUUACAAAGAAAUGGAUAGCAUCAGUAAAGUUGUGGAUAUCCAUUCCCCCGUGGACGUCCAAACAUCCUCUAAAUGUGAGCAACCGUCAUCGCCCGACUCUGGUUUAGAGUCACUGUACUCAGAUGGAACAAUGGAGGAUGGUAGAACACUGUUCUCUUUAGCUUUAACUUCUCUGGGGGAUGAAGUAUAGUAUAAUCUCAAUGCAUAUUCUCUAUUGUUUUUUAUCAUUUAAUGAGGAAUAGAACAUCUUAUAAUAAAAAUUCAAGAUAUUUCAUGCUCCUUAAAAAUUGAUCACUCUUGUGAAUGAAUUAGCAAUAAGAUAAUGCGCGAAGUUGGGUUGCAUCAAAAGAUAAACGACUUUCCUAUAUUAUUUUCACUCUCAUUGGAGAGGAGUGCAUUAGUAGUGCACGUUAUCUACAAAUUGUGUUUUUCAUAAUAAAGUGGUCUACAGUAUUAUUAUAUAGACCUUAAGAUUACCUAUAUACAAAUCAUUUGUGUACAGCUUUAAUGUAUAAAGUCAAACUUUAAAAAAAUAGCUCGCAUUCUAUGGGUUAAAAGAUAAAGAGUAUGAAGAAAAAUAAAGAAUAACAUAAACCGCGUCCGAAGUUCAACUUAAGUUCUGUGCGGGUGCUUUUUUAUGCAACCUUGUACUGGAGCAAGUUUCUUUCAUGCUAUUUAAAAAAAAAAUGAAACUCACUCCAUAUCUUUUUGAAAAGUAAUAUUUGGAGGUCUUAUCUUGAUUAAAGUAUAGCGACAUGGAACCCUCGCAUACAAUGCAAAGUACGUUGGGGUUAUUUGCAACCUUUAAGUUGGCUGCAAACCAUGAUUAGGAUCGCACAGUCACGGAGGAUCUUAAUUUCAAAGAAAGUUUGCCAAUUUUGAAUAUGUCAAGCCAAAUAAAAUAAUGUGUCCUAGAAUCCUAUAAACUAUUUCCUCUGACAUAUCUAGUAUACAUUACAACCUGUUUGUUUAAGAUAUUUUUAGUGAGAUUGUAAAUAUUGAUUUUUUUUUAAUGAAUGUAAUAUUUAGCUUUUUUAGAAGCAAGUAGAGAACAAGUGAAGUUGAAGUAGUCAAUACGUUUGGAUGUUAGGAAAGAGCACCACCCUGUCAUGUGUUAUCGUUGGGCAAUUUAAUUCCCUUGCCAACAUUUUAUAAUGUUUUUCAAAAUGAAAUAACAUGAGGCAUAUUUUUUUUUAGAAAGUAAGAGUGUGUCGAUAUAGAUGAUACCUGCACUCCCUUUGAAGUAUAUUCAGAAUAUUUCAAUAUGAUAUCUAUUUAUUCCAGAUUGUGUUCUAGCCCUUUUUGACUUUCAUUAACUUCGUUUCUCAUGACAUCUGUUUUGGAGCCAGAAGGAAAUAUUGAUGUCAUAUACUUUGAUACAAUGUUAAUGCCUUCCUGGCUCUGAACAGAUUACAUUAAGGGGCUUUGUGCCUUUAAGUAGAUAUAUGUUCAUAAUAUGUAUCUGAAUAUGGAAUUACGUUUUCACCCACAAGGGCUUGUGUAGUCAUACUGUACCUCUAGGUAAAAAGUAGAUACAUAAUAUGUUUUCCUCUAAUUACCAAAAUGGCAGUCACUCCCAGUCGGACAUUCAAACAUGAUGGGUUUGAACAGUAUUUGGGUGAUUAGGACAUUUAAUGAAUCAUAGAGAAUUCACUAUAAGAAAUGUGAUUUGAGAACACGCUCUACAAUGUGGAUAUCAUGUACAAUCUUGAUAUAGUUUAUUGACUAAGGCUGCAUUGGUGUUGACCACUAUUUUUAGUACUAGAAAAGUGUAUGACAUUUUAAAAUUCAUAUAGACGUACGGUGCUAAUGAGGUCCUCUGAAAGUGUGUUUUAAACUGUGUUAUGCCUCGUUCAGAUAUUGUCGCUGUAAACCAUGAUGCUUUGUUUUUCAUAAUGAUGGAAGUGUAACAUGCUUGGCAAUACUGUAUCUUAUAACACAGAGCUUUAGUAAAUACGCACAGGACCUUUGUUGCACUCAGUUGCCAUUUGUGUUCAGUAUAAAAAAAACUGUUACGGUUUAAUGCUUCAUAUCUAAACGUGCCUUUCAGGUGAAUGAGGGAUCUUGGUUUGGCGAUAUGAGGAUGUGGGGGUGGAAGUGUGUGGGAGUGCAUGUGGUGUGUGAGUGAGUGUGUAUGGAUGUGCGUGUGUGUGUGUGUGAUUUGAUUGUUUUUUUUACAAACGUGUAUCAAUUAGAUAUGAUUAUUUACUGUUGGAUUACAGGCGCACGCCACAACGCCUAGUGGCGUUAUUAUAGCCUCGUUUUAAUAGUCAUUUAAUCAUUUUAUUCAUUUUUUAAAAUAUAGAUUAUUUCUAUUAUUCUGUCGCUCCAAUUUUGGGUAUUAUGGGGGGGGGGGGGGGCUAGGAACAGUUUGUGGUACGUGUGUGGUAAUGUGUUUGUGUGUGUGUUUGUGUGUGUCGUGUCGUGUGUCGCACGGGUGGGGGGCAGUAGUGUGUUUGGUUGGAUGGGGUUAUUUGUUUUAUGUUACAACUGAUUUCAUUUGUGUUUAUCAAUCGUAGAAUCUAUGUAUUGAAAAUGCAUUAAAUCAUAUCAGGAUGAAAAACAACUGUAUUUUUAAGAAUGAUUAGUAUUGUUUUGGAAUCAAUAAACAAAUCUAUUGAAAAA